CACUCAAUAAUAGAAUCAUUUCAAUAAAAUUUGAUUAUUCUUACACAAGAUCCGUAAUAAAAUAGAAAAUUUGACCUAAGUAAAUUUUACAUAUAUUUUUAUUAUAUAGUUACCAACAACAUAACCAGAAGAAUGAGUACAGAAACUUUAAUCGCUGCUGGGGACGGAGUACGAGAAAAUUUGGUAACAACAGCAGUGAAUUUCCUGACAAACCCAAACGUGCAAAGGUGCACAGUAGAAAGCAAAGAACGAUUCCUACGUAGCAAAGGUCUAACUGAUACUGAAAUUCAGAAAGCUUUAGAGAAAUGCAUGAAUCUAGUUGAGUUUCCCUCGAUGUCAUCUGAGCUGAUGUUUUUCCACCAAUCCAGGAGUUCUUGGUUCAGAGAUCAUGUUCUUCCAUUUUUGAUGUAUGGAAGUUUAGCUUAUGGAUGUUACUGGUUUUAUAAGAACUGCGUCCGACAUUUAAUAUUCGUAGAUCAACCAAAGCGCAAGACUACGAACGAAUGCCUAGAGGAGGUUCGGAAAAGUCUAGAAGAUUUGAAUACCAAUGUCUUCGCACUGAAGGGCGAAUUGAAUUCCCUCCAGCAAAACACGUUUAGGUGCAGUCUAGACACUAUUAAAGGUGAUAUAGCUUCAGUUAAAGGGAUUUUAUUGAACAGGAAUCAAUUCCCGUCACUGAAGAGUCGCACAGACCCGCCGUCGAUACCGGCGUGGCAGCGGCAGUCCGAGGAGGCGACGUCCACUGAGGCGCCCGGCGAGGACAAGAAGAAGACGCACCGCGCCCGCAGCCAACGAUCAGAGUCCGGCGGCUCCAACUCCAGCGAGGGAGAGCAGGCGACCAAGAACAGCGACAGCAGCUUGGAGAUAAUUCAGUGAGACCAGCCCCCUCUCGCCCCUCGACGUAUUCGUGGCACCACCACCCGCCCCUGACAAGGACAUUGUGCUACCCAGCGGUGGGCUUCGAUAUCAUUCAGGUGUACAUAAAUAAGACAUUAAGCGUUCUCUGCUUUUAAUCGUAUGUGAUCGAAACGGAGCUUGUUAUGCAAAAUCUGAGCCAUUCAAACAAAUAAACUUUCCGUUAGAUAAUUGUAGUCUUUUGCGUUUCAGUUACUGACAACGUUUUGCAUAACAAUGUCCGGUUAGUGAUUUAAAAUUGAAAGUGUGCUGUGUUUACGCCAUUCAUAAAGUGACAACAUGUUUUUAUUGUUUUAUUAGAAUAUAAUUUAGGGUACAUACGGACUACGUGAAUAUUGUUAUAUACGGUGUAAGGGAAUCGUCGUUGAAGACGGAUUCAAA